UUGUCUAACAUUGUUGGUCGAACCGUCUCUCUUACUCUCUUCUCUUCCCCCCGGUUUCACUAUAUCUAACCGACUUUUUCAUUGCAAAGUAGAAUUUGAAAUUCCGAAGCCAUAGUAAUUCUCACUCUUGCUUACGCACAAGUACAGAACUGCAGCAGGUGGAGUCCAUGAAAUCUUGAAAUUCUCUUUGUGGGAUCGGGAAUUUUGGGAAAUGGGUGUCUGGGUUUUGUUUCUGUUCCUUCAGAUGUGUGUUUUGUGCCAAUGGGUUCUUGAUUUGGGGUUCAAUUUCUGAACUUUUCAUGAUAUGGAAGCCUGUGAUGAUAACUGUCCUAGAUGGCCUCAGAAAUGGUGGUUGUGGUGAAAGAGGAAAUGGAUCCUGUUAUUGAGAAUGAAAAUGUGGGUGUGGAGAAAGAGGGAAUUUUGGGUGAGAAAGCUAGUGAAAGUGAAGUUGUUGGGGAUGAGAUUGUGGUUAAUGAAGCACCUAAAGUAUCUCUAGUGAAAACCGAAUCGUCUGGGAAUGUUUCGAAAAGUAAAGCAUCAACUCAAAGUAAAGUGUCCUCUACUACUACUGCUGCUGUUGCUGCUUCGAAGGGUAGUAGACAGAAGAAGGAUCAGGCGAGCUCGAGAGGAUCGGCUGCAAUGGCUCGUGCGAAAAGGACGACAAGCCUGACUCAGAGUCUCUCGUUCCCUGCAAAAGGCGUUAGUUCGGAUGUGAUGAGGAAAAGCAUCGAUGUGUAUCCAAAGAAAUUGAGUGCCAAGGGGUCAUUUUCGAAUGCCACAGAAAAACCGGUUCCCCAUUCGAGCCCGGCUGGAAGGCGUGCCUCGGGUGGUGUUUUGAAGAGUGCUAACAUCAAUGUUGGAGGAACAACCAACAGAAGAAAAACUUUACCAGCUGCAUCAAGUGUUCACGAAUCAACGGUUAAUUCCGGGAACACUAUUUCUGCUAAUGAAACUGAGAGUAAGAACACAUGUGAAGGAUCAACUGACGAAAAUAUAAAACCUAUUAAGGAGAAUGAGGAUGUGCAGUCAACUACUUCAUCUAACGCUACUCCUCAUGGACAACUUAGGACCAGUGUCGCUGGAUUUUCGUUCAGGUUGGAAGAGCGUGCUGAAAAACGAAGAGAGUUCUUCUCAAAGCUUGAAGAGAAGAUUCAGGCAAAGGAAAUGGAAAGGAAUAAUUUGCAGGCAAAAUCCAAGGAAAACCAAGAAGCCGAGAUAAAGCAAUUUAGGAAGAGCUUAGCGUUUAAAGCUACACCUAUGCCAAGCUUUUAUAAGGAACCUGCUCCAAAAGCUGAACUGAAGAAGAUACCAACGACACGCCCAAGAUCUCCUAAGCUUGGUCGGAACAAAAACUCUGCAUCCACAACCAACAGCUCUGAAAGUGGAGGAUCGGGCCUUAGUCCUAGAGUUGCUAAGGAGCCUGACAAGUCACCCAAAUCUUUGCCAUCGAACGGGGAUAAGAAGAGCACUGCCACUUCUACGAAACCAGUAAGAAAUCUCCAAACCGAGACUGUAUCUCAGCCUGCAGUCCCGAAAACUAAAGAGAAGUCUGCUGCAACAAAACCUAAACCGGCCAAAAUUAAGAGCCCUGAUCAGAAAACGGGAGAGACUGAAACUGAGCCUGCCAGUCACACUGAUGAACUCGAACAGCAGACGGGUGAAAAGUCUGAAAACAGUCCCGCGGAUGACAAUAUUGCUGCUGCACAUUCACAUCUGACGAAUCCGGUGGUGGUGCCAGCUCAAGUUGCGGUUGAAGGUUAAAGAACACAAACAUUACAGGCUUUUGAAUGAUUUGGAAACUAUUUGAGUUGUGAAUAGGGUAUUAUUUUGUAUUUACAUCUAAAAAGCAUCAUCACAAGUGAAGUGGUUACUCUGUCCUGUAUUUUGAUUUUUGUUGUGCUCUUCACCAAAAACUUAGGACUUGCAUAAGCUGUAUGAUUUUAUAUAUGAUUGAUUCAAUUUAGCUUCCUAUCUAGUACA